CGUAAAUUCAGGGACGAAUUUACAGUUGCUUUUCUCCCUCCUUUUUCGCACAUUCUGAUUCCGGUUGUUAUCAUGUAGUCUAUUCUAACGAUGAUCUUAAUAAUUUUACAUUUUAUGUGAGGGUGAAAAUGGAAAAAGGAAGGGAACGCUAUCCAAAAAGGGAGAAGCAUCAUGAGAAGAGUGUGCUCAAUGGUUAGUUACACACAGCUACGAUAACGUGGUGUUGUACCUUUAUUCCUUAUUGCAACACUUUCUCUCUCUUUAAUUCAGCAAUAUAUGAUUCAAAGCCAACAUUCAAGACACUUCCCAUCCUUUGAUCGCCAUUCGUUUGAUUCAUCUCCAUCCACCGCUUUUAAUAAAGACACCAACCCAUUGCGACAACCACCGAUCCAAAGACAAUGGAGUAUACGACAAGCUAAUAGCAGACUAGCCCCUCAUGGACUAGAAGCAGCAUUAGAACAUGAUCUCAGCAAAAAGCUGGAAAUUGACGAGAAAAUAGUUCAAGGUUUAGCGAUUCCAUUAGAUGAGCUAAAUUCUCCAUCUGACAACUUUUAUCAAUAUGUAUCAGCUAAUAACGAUGAUCAAAGCAACAGUCAAUUCUAUCUUUCUGGAACACCCAUGAUCCAACAACCAAGUCGUACACAUAUUUUCAGAAAUUCACGCCAAAAGGUAUAUGGUUAUUCAGAUCCAUUUGCAGUGGCGCCAAAAGAAGCAUGGCAAGAAAUACGAGAUUAUAAUUUACGAGUCAACGGAAUACCAACACUAGAUCAAAUGAUGAGGUUACAUACUUUUACACCAUUAACGCAGUCUAAUUUUGCCACAUUUCUUCGACGACGAAAUGUUCAUCAGAACUUGAACUUUCUAAUGGAACUGGAAACUCACAACAAAUUAUGGAAAGCAUAUAUUCAAAGCGUUGAUAGGCAAAAUCGACAGAGACUCUCUCGAUUUCUGGAAUCGGCGGCAGAAAAAGAAAACUUUACCAAUUCAGAGAAAGAUCAGCACCACUAUUUACCACAGUCAGUGACAGUCAUGUCAUCUGGAGCGUCUUACGUGGAAACACCAGAAACAGACGAUCUUUUAACACCACUACCACCACAUCCAUUAACAUCUCGCACAUCUUCAGAUGAUACAUAUGCCUCCCGAGGAAACAAGUCUUUGACUCAUCAUGAUCUUGUACAAAAUGCUACUCGAAUAUAUCGUACAUAUUGCUCCCCGCUGAUGGAUGCAGCACAAACAAUUCAUCUUCCCGAUGAUCAUAGAAGAGCACUGGAAGAGUUAAUUGAGAUUAAUGAAAGGCCAGAACCAGCUGUAUUCAAAUCAGCAAAAACACAUGUGUACGAAGUGUUAAAUGUAUUUUAUUAUCCGUUAUUUGUUGAUGCUAUUUUACAUAAAAAUAUCUCGCCUGGAUGUACUCGUCUAUGUUUGAUGCUUGGUAUUCUUACUUUGACAGUGGCCCUAUCAUUGGAGUUAUCUUUCAUAUUUUUGGAUGUAGGCAGCAGAUACGCAAUCCGAUGGAUUCCUAUAGUAUCCUUUCUUGCAGGUUGGUCGUUUUUACUGAGUAGUCUGACAGAAUUUGCCUGGUGGUUGGGAAUUUUUUGUAUACGCGAAAGUCAGCUCUUUGUAAUUUCUGAGAUCCAAGAUAUAACCGUUAAAAAACUACACCGUAAACGUGGAUGGAUUUGGUUGGGAUUUACAAUAGCUCUAUCCCUAAUUUCAACACUUAUUUUUGUCUUUAUUCCUUCACAUCAUCUCUAAUUCAAUCUCUACCUUGCAACGAAUUCCUAUAGUUGUAUCGACUAUUAUGUUCAUAUAAUUUAAUAACUAAUUCCCAAACAAUAUCUUCAUAAUAAUUUGCUGCCAUGUAGACAGGUACAUAUGAGGAAAUAACGCCUUGACAGAUCAUAUGGCUCAAGUUAGAUCAGUUGCUCUUUUCUUGAAGUUUCCUAAACGCUUACGUAGUACGCUUUCAUUUUGUAAUAAAAUCUUUUGCAAGUAUACAGUG